GGCUCACUUACAAGGUAUCCAGAUCAUGUCUGGUUUCAGCGCUCUCUCUAGGUAGAAAGUAGUAUAAAAAGGAACAGAGCACCACAAUUGCAAGUGUUAGAGGGGAAGUGUGUUUUCUUAGUGCACCAGAAGAUGGAUGAUCGAGGCACUGAGACAGUGUGAAAAAGCCACAAAGUGAGGAGGGGCAGGAUGAGAGAGGAGUGGCCAAUAUAUAGGGCUGUGAGAGGCAAUUUGUGGCUCUUAUUCAGGAGCAGAGGAGGGUAGUCUUUUAGGGUAUGUCUACACUAUGAAAUUAGGUUGAUUUUAGAGAAGUCGAUUUUUAGAAAUCGAUUUUAUACAGUCGAUUGUGGAUGUCCACACUAAGCGCAUUAAGUUGGUGCAGUGUGUCCUCACUACUGUGACUGGCAUUGACUUACGGAGUGGUGCACUGUGGGUAGCUAUCCCACAGUUCCCGCAGUCUCUGCUGCCCAUUGGAAUUCUGGGUUAAACUCCCAAUGCCUGAUGGGACAAAAACAUUGUCGCGGGUGGUUUUGGGUAUGUGUUGCCAGUCGCCCCUCCCUCCGUGAAAGCAAUGGCAGACAAUCAUUUCGAGCCUUUUUUCCUGGGUUACCCAUGCAGACGCCAUACCAUGGUAAGCACAGAGGCCGCUCAGCUCACCGUCACUGCUGCUGUUGUGGGAAAGUACUGUGGGGGCUGCUGUGAUCCAAGUAGCCAAUGCAGUCAUUGACGUUCUGUUAUCAAGGAUAGUGACUCUGGGAAAGGUGUGGGCCUUUUUAGAUUUUAGGUGCAUCAUAUUAAUGUUCUUUGUCGCUGGUGAAGAAGUCUUGCAGCCAUACAUUCCAGUCCGGUCAGCGCUGUAAAACCCCAUAGCACUUCUGUGGUUGACACAUGUAACAACUCCAGGGCUCUUCCUCUUUUGCCUUGGCCGAGGUACCUUACCCUACCCGGACCUCCAAGCAUUUGACACAGAAGCACCUGCAACAGCUGGCAUUGCUACACAGCAGCAGCUCCUUGCCUUCGCAACAGACGGUGCAGUAGGACUGCUAACCUUCGUCAUUCACCGCUUCCGCUGCAACUCUGCUCUCCUGCUUCUCAGCGACAAGCUUGGGGGAUCUGUUUUGGUCCUUCUGGGUGCUGCUGGCAGCAAACGGUGCAGUAGGAUUGCAGACCGUCAUCAUCCACCGCUUCCGCUGUAACUCUGCUCUCCUGCUCCCCAGCAACGAGUUCGAGGGAUCUGUUCAUGAAGUCUGGACAGUAGUAACGAGCAGUUCAACUAUAGGCUGAGCAAGUGCAGAAUGGUGGUAGAAUGUGCCUUUGGAUGUUUAAAAGCGCGCUGGCGCUGGGUGCGGGAGGAGAGAAGGACAAGGCCACAUUGAUUAUUGUAGCCACACUAAAAAUCAAACUGUUUGAAUGACAGCCUUCAGUUGGUUGGGCCAUCCUCUGGAGUGGAGUGGCUGGGUGCCCAGAGCCUCCCCCCCCGUGUUCUUGGGCAUCUAGGUGACGAGGCUAUGGAACAUGGGGAGGAGGGGAGGCAGUUAUCCAGUGGAUGCAGUGGGGGUUUGUGCUUUUGUUGGCUUUCCUGCAGCUCCAACAGACACUUCAUCAUGUCCGUUUGCUCCCCCAUUAGCCUCAGCAUCGCAUCCUGCCUCCGCUCUUUGCGCUCACUUAAUUCUUUCCUGGCCACUUCCACUGAAUGCCUCCAUGCAUUAAGCCUUGCCCUAUCAGUGUCGGAGGACUGCAUGAGCUUGGAAAACAUGUCAUCAUGAGUGCAUUUUUUUUCACCUUCUAAUCUGUGACAACCUCAGGGAUGGAGAUGAUGGGGAGCGUAGAAACAUUCUACGCUCUACAAUUCUGGGGGGAUUGCAUGCUCCCCUGUGCUGCUGAGUUUGCCACACUGACCAAACAGGAAAUGAAAUUUAAAAGUUCCCGGGGCUGUUCCUGUGGACCUGGCUAGUGCAUCAGAAUUCAAAGUGCUGUCCAGAGCAAUCAUAAUGGAGCACUCUGAGAUAGCUCCCGGUGGCCAAUAUCGUCGAUUUGCAUCCACACUACCCCAUAUUUGACUCAGCAAAGUCGAUUUUAACGCUGUUCCCCUUGCCGGGGAGUACAGAAGUCGAUUUUGAGAGCCCUUUAGAUCGACGAAACGGGGUUGGUCGUGUGGACGCAUUCAUUUUUAAUUCGACCUAACCCUAUAGUGUAGACCAGGCCUUACUCUGACAUAGGUUAGUUCCAUAUUAGCCUACUGGAUCCUGAGGACAGUUGGGGCUAGUGCAGAAGAGGGGCUCUGUAUUCAUUCCAUGGUGGGAGAUGCAUGGGGAAGUGGGAGCUCAUGCAAAUAAUUCUCUCUCUCCUCUCUCCAGGAAUCAGGGAAGUUAAUGGAAUCCAGCAGUUGCAAUAACUAUCAGGCAUCUGCUGCAAAAUAUGGUGCGGAAAAUCAGGCAAAAUAUCAGACACUUUAAAAAAGCUCUCACCAUUGUGGGCUGGGUGGCACUCCAUGGGUUUCCCCUUCUUGGACACAGAGUUUUGACAGCCAGUAGAGGGGACUUUGUAUUUUCUGCUGAUCGUCUGAUCAGACUUGUGGUUGAAGAGGGAUUAAAUCAGCUACCAUAUACAGAAUGCACAGUGACCACUCCAACAGGGUACAAGUAUGAAGGAGUGAAAUUUGAGAAGGGAAACUGUGGAGUCAGCAUCAUGAGAAGUGGAGAGGCAAUGGAACAAGGCUUACGGGAUUGCUGCAGAUCCAUCCGAAUAGGAAAAAUCCUGAUACAGAGCGACGAAGAGACUCAGAGAGCCAAAGUGUACUAUGCCAAGUUUCCACCAGACAUUUACAGGAGAAAAGUUCUUCUCAUGUACCCAAUACUGAGCACCGGCAAUACUGUCAUUGAAGCUGUAAAAGUUCUUAUAGAACAUGGCGUUCAACCAAGUGUCAUUAUCCUACUAAGCCUAUUCUCCACACCUCAUGGUGCCAAAUCUAUCAUCCAGGAGUUCCCAGAGAUCACAAUUUUAACUACAGAAGUUCAUCCUGUUGCACCAACACACUUUGGACAGAAGUAUUUUGGAACGGACUGAGACACUGAACACAAAUUGGUUAUGUCAGUAUGUUGCUGUAUGAUAUUACAAUGGUGUUUUUUCUACGUUUUAUUAUUUGUAGCAGGGCUGGCUGCAGGCAUAUUUAAAAUCUUUUUUGGCCAGAGGGGAAAAAUAUUUUACCUACAUUCAUUUUUGGUUACUUUCUGAAAAUUGAAUCAGAUGCAAUAAUGAAGCACAUUCAAUUAUUAUAAACUAAAGGCCCUUUUAUGUGCUUUUGGAAAUUGCUACUCAGUGCUUUAACUUAUUUAUUCUUUCAUAACUCUGUUCUGUAGCUAUUUGCAAUAGCAAAAUAAAAUGAUCCUGCAAAGCA